AUGUCUUCCAGAGCCUCCAAUUAUUCAGAGAGGCGCACCAACGGCACCAACGAUAAUGACAGCAACACGCGACCCCGCGGUGCCGCCGCGUCUUCUGCUUCUGCUCACACUGCGAGACCUUCCCAGCAUCAACAUGAUCAACGAAGUACCCGCUCACCCCAGGCUUCCCAUACAAACCCCGCCCAUAAGCGGACGGCAUCGGGAAACCCACGACCCGCUAGUAGGAGUACUGAAGAACGAAGAACCGAGCGCGUAACCGUAACCACUAAGGAGAAAUUGAUUUCAAGAACAAGAAGUCCCGAAAGAAGAUCCAAAGAUGCGCCUCCACCAGAGAAAUGGAAGUCGAAAGAGACGGCCAAGCCCCGCCCACCAGAGCCGAAACCCAAGGACUCGAAGUCGGAAGCGCCAGCUACGAUAUGGGAUCCCGUAGCUACUUUAACACCCCACACAACCGCGCCUCUUGCGAUUCGUAUAUCAAUACCGCCCUCGGCAUCAGAAGCACCACUUUCGAUGCAGCCACAACCUCUGCAUGAACUCUCUUUGGAAGCUCAAGAGGCCGCCAUAAUUGAGGAUCUACUAUUUGUGUUGAUGGGCUACGAGGGACAGUAUAUUCGUUACGCCUAUUCCUAUGACCCUACCGAAGAAAGAGACCGACUAUCUGGACCCGAGUUUAAGAUAUUGCCUGGUCUGGAUUCUAGCCUUCAGAACUUGACAUUGCCGAUGUUAAAAAUAGCAACUCACUAUUCGGCGCUCGAGAUGUUUGUUGAUGUACAAAGUAGAGAAGAGUUUGGAGCUGUCAAUCACGCCCUAUGCGCUGCCAUUAGGAAGCUCUUACAUGAUUACCUAGAAAUGGUCGCCCAGCUAGAGGCUCAAUUUCUAACAAGUGAUACCUUCACCUUACAGCUACUGAACGUGCAUACGCUUUCUACCAGCAAGAUGAUGCACCAACUCUAUUCACUAGCACAUGAAUUCCUGAAGAAAAACGCUCUUCUGGAUGACGAGAGCGAGGAAGACUCGGAACCCGAAAACUACGAUGACAUAAUAGAGAAUCUGAAGUUGGGUGGUGACCUUGUACCGGGGAACAUGACAGGAAAGAAAAUCUGCAAAGGCGGCAUAGUAAUAGGACUAAUCACUAAGAGGCUGGAUACCAUGGGUGGUGAUCCCGCUGCGAGAUCAUUGCUUACUUCCUUACUGCGCGAUGCUAGUCGGCCUUAUAUGGGCAUGUUGAAUGAAUGGCUUCACCAUGGUGAAAUCAAAGAUCCACAUUCCGAAUUUCUAAUCAAAGAACAAAAAAGUAUCAGACGCGACCGAUUAGAGGAGGACUAUACUGAUGACUACUGGGAGAGAAGAUAUACCAUUCGAGAGCACGAUAUACCCCCUCAGUUGCAAGGCGUAAAGGACAAGGUGCUUCUAGCGGGGAAAUAUCUCAAUGUCGUACGGGAAUGUGGAGGGGUCGAUGUUAGUAAUGUGGCCCAGGACGUUCCCGAAUCAUUUGACGAUCAACGAUUCCUCGAUAAUGUCAACAGCGCAUAUGCCCACGCGAACGAAUCACUUAUGAAAUUGCUCCUAACGACACACGCUCUCCCCGCUAGGCUACGUUCGCUAAAGCACUACUUUUUUCUCGAUCCGUCCGAUUAUUUUACUUACUUCAUGGAAUUGAGUGCAUCGGAACUACGAAAGCCGGUGAAAUCUGUUAAUAUCGUUAAGCUGCAGUCGCUCCUCGAUCUUGUUCUACGGCAGCCAGGAAGCAUAGUAUCUAUGGACCCGUUCAAAGAGGACGUUCAUAUUGAAAUGAACGAAAUUGGCCUCAUAAGCAUGUUACAGCGUGUUGUCAAUAUCACAGGUAUUGAGCAAGGUGAAGCGCUCCAGCCUCCCACCAACCAGCCCAUCGAAAGCGACAAAAACGCCGUCGGUUUCACCUCUUUACAGCUAGACUAUACGGUACCGUUUCCUGUAUCAUUAGUAAUCAGCCGGAAGACGGUAUGGCGGUACCAAGCACUGUUUCGUUAUCUCCUAUCGCUGCGAUAUUUGGAGUCUCAAUUAUCAACCACUUGGCAAACGCACAACACCGGCGUGGUUUGGUGCCAUAAGUCAUCAGCAAGACGUCUCGAGAUCUGGAAAAGGCGAGUAUGGACUCUGAGGGCUCGAAUGGUGGUUUUCGUCCAACAACUGCUCUAUUUUUGCACCCUGGAAGUUAUUGAGCCCAAUUGGCAAUCUCUGAUGUCAAGACUCAGAGCCAAGGACGGAAGUUUGGAUGGAUCAGGCAAGCCGGAUCGGACCGUGGAUGAGUUGAUGCAGGAUCAUGUGGAUUUUUUGGACACCUGCCUGAAGGGUUGCAUGCUAACCAACGGCAAACUAAUUCGAAUCCAUUCAAAAUUAAUGCAAACCUGUACUGUCUUCGCAGCCCAUAUGAAUUGGCUGUCGCGUGAGCUAGAAAAGUCCGAUCCAGACUUGAUCGGUCCCAUAAAACCGCCGAACAUGACAGAUAAGGAAUGGAAACGAUUUCAAACGGUUAAAUCGCAAAAGCCGUCGCAUGGUGACGCUGGCGCAAACAGCACUCUACAGGACGAAGAAACCCGCAUCAAUAAUCUUUUUGAUAUCAUCAAAAACUGGGAGAAGAACUUUAGCCGGCAUCUGCAAAUUUUGCUAGAUGCCCUCAAUCAUUACGCAGCAACGGAGACAGUGGUUCUCCUAAGCUUGUGCGCCAGAUUGGCGACUGCUAACCAGGGAACCGAAUUCGCGGGUCCCCGUAGUGAGGAGGACGUUGCCGCGUAA